GGUGUGCGUGCACGUGACGGUUUGACCUAAACGACUUGGUGGGCAUCGCUGACCACGUGUCUUCGAGGUUAGGAAGACGACGACGACGACGGCGACGACAACAACAUGUGGCGGAUUGUGUGCGCAGAGGGCCGCUGUUUGCCCCGCCAGUGUGCCCUGCCUCCUGUCCCUGCGAGCGGAGCUGGGGCGACCCACGUCCUGGUUCUUGGUUUGGUCCUGGUAUCUGCUGAUGGCAAAGUUAUGAAGCAAGCAGCCGAGGCCUGGAGUUGAGAAAGGAUGGACAUCCGACGGCCUGCUGCUUCUCCCUAGCACGACGUCGUCCUCAUCAUCAACGGCGUCCUCUCUAUCGACGGCGUCCUCUCUAUCGACGCCGUCCUCUCUAUCGACGCCGUCCUACUCAUUGACUGAGUCUUCCCCGUCGACGGCGUCCUCCUCUCCACGACAGCCUUCCAUCCGACCCGACGACGUGCCCCCAGGUGUCGACAAGUUCUGAGUGAGAAGCUGCACCUUGUGAUGGGGUGUCCCUGGAGAAGCUUCGCGAUGUUCGGUGCGUCUCUUCGCGGCUGUCUGCUCUGCGCGCGUCGAGGCGCCGCCGGGGAGCGUAGGCACCCGAUCGUGCGCGGGUGCUCGGCGCUGCUGCCUACCACCCGCCGAUCUAGCAGCAGGUCGUCGACUGGCGCUCAACAUGACAGCGCUAAGCUGGCCCUCGCCAGCACGCAGCACGGAGGGAGCGGUACCUGCCACAACGGCCUGGACGACCGGGGAAGCCCUGGGCUCGGGCCCACCCGACGCCCGGCCGCCCGGUUAUGCUCGGGUUUUGUGACCUCGCCUCCAGCUCGCUCCACCCCAGCCCCAGGCAGGAGGCCCCAGCUCAGGCACAGGCCCCAGCCCCAGGGACUGAGGCUCUCAGUCUCAGUCUCAGUCGAGGUCCAGCUCCAGCAAGCAUCACAUCGUCUCCGCUCCUCAACUUCACAGCCAAGGUUCUUCUCGACGCCAGGAUGAACGGAUUGGGAGGUGGCAAGCGGGGAGGUCGUGCUCCACGUCGUGGUCGCGGCGGGCGCGGCGCGGCGGGCUCGGGGCUCUUCCGCAAGCGCGGCCGGUACAUCGACAUCGACAAGAGCUUCAUCGAGGCCAUGCUGCAGGCGAACGACAUGCUGAAGGCACUCGGGGGGGAUGAAGAAGACGAAGACGACGGUUUUCCCAGCUGCGAGGAAAUGAACAGGGACCUUGCCCCUCUUGCAAAGACGGAGUGGUGCCUCAACUGCUGGACGCACCCGGGCUUUUCGCCGUGCUUCGUGCUGUGCCACCGGCAGGUCGGGCUGGGCCAGGCGCAGGACGAGGCCAGGGCGGCGCUCGCCGGCGCGCAGCAGAAGCUGGCCCGCGCUCAGCAGGAGGUCGCCGAGUGCCAGGAGCGCCUCGGCACCGUCCUGGCCGCCGGCGACGAGCAGGAGCACAAGAGAGCCUUCGACGCGAUGGUGGCGGAGGCGCGAGCCGCGCGCCAGGCGGCGGCGGCGCCGGCAAACCAAGCCGGACCUUCAGGCACCUGAUCGCGUUCAUGCAUCGUUUUAUUUACUCUUUUAUCUCUUUAUUUCUGUAAUUGCUGGCAUAGUUUUGCUGAGUUUUUACUUGCGUCAUUGACAUGUUAUGUUUCCCCUGCGUCUUCUCUAUAUUUUAGUCACUCACGCAGAAUAUACCGGUGUGCUCUGAAUGUGUAAAAUAAAUGUUCUUUACGCCCCAAUCAGAUUGUGUCUUGCAUAGUAUGGCAUUGGCUGUAUUUCUUAUUGUGUCUGUGUGUGU